AGCUGCGACCACCACCCCUCCUGUCCCAACAACUACAACUACCAAAGCGACAACCACUACCACAAAAGCUACUACAACAACAACAAAAGCCCCGGAGUGUCCACAAGCGGCCGGUUAUGGAGAUUGGGGACCAUGGGUCUGCAUAUCGCCCGGAAAUGGAGUAGAUUGUAGACGUAUAAUCAACCUCCCUGGCUACCCCAAAGAUUUGAAAAAACGUGGAGAUCCACUCGUUUGUAAAAGUAUCGAGGAUGAGGUGUGCACGCGAGUGAAGACGUGCGUUCCAUGCGCAGAACCGGGGCCUCAGACGUGUUUGCAGCCUGUACCGAGGGAGACAAAGAUAUUUAAGUGUUGUGGUAAGACCUUUUCUAUGCUUUCCUAUGGUGUCCUUUGCGCUCAUUAUUAGAUUCAAUACUUCACGGUUUCUAAGACUUUAUUCAAAGCGAAUAUGACUGAAAAAAAUGAUAACAACAAUAGUCCUAACUUAAAAUUAAUGCAACGUUUAUUAAUCAGCUGUGCCAUUUAUAUAACGUUAUAGGCGACGAGGC